AUGUUGUCAAGCUUCAAGGUGAGUCUGGAGGAGUUGAAGCAUAGCUUCAGGGAGCUGGUUCCACCAAAGGAGGGAGUGGAUCACCAGAAGAGAUCAUCACAUCCCUCCUCCUGCUUGGCCGCCGGCAUCAACACUAAUGGCAUCCACACCAUCGAGGUGCCCGGCUUAGAGCCCUUUCCCGUUUUCUGCGACACCCGGCUAGCCGGCUCCGGGUGGACCGUCAUCCAGCGGCGGCAGGACGGCAGUGAGAACUUCUACCGCAGCUGGGAGGAGUACAGCCGGGGAUUCGGCAGUCUUAGCGGCGAGUUCUUCCUGGGCCUGGAGAAAAUCCACUUCCUAACGGCCGCCGAGCCAUACGAGCUGUUCGUCCACCUGGAAGACUUCUACGGGGACACCCGGGAUGCCCACUACGACAGCUUCGCCAUCGGCAGUGCCAACGACUCCUACCCGCUGGCCACACUGGGCAGGUACUCGGGGGACGCCGGGGACUCGCUGAAGUACCACAAGGGCAAGCCGUUCUCGACCUUUGACCACGACGUCUUGGGCCACGGCUGUGCCAGGAUGUACGUGGGUGCCUGGUGGUACGAUCAGUGCCAAAGGAGCAACCUCAAUGGCCAGUACUUGGAGGGUGGACGGUUCGAGGCGAAGCUAUCGGGUCGCGGGAUCACUUGGAUGACUUGGCGGGGCUACGACUAUGGCUACAAGACCGUACAGCUGCUGAUCCGGCCCAAGUGCUCCAACAGCCUGCAGAGGCAGGCCGUCCAAGGCAGUGGGCCGCCGUAAGCAAAUUCCACUUCGAUGGGAAAUCGUGAUAAACACUAUCAACAAUUUGGGGUUUAUUUACAUUCUGAUAAUGGCCCGUUUCCCGUUGAUUUGUUUUUAUUUUUUAUUUUUAAUUUCUUUGCUUUUUGCACACACACGACCGUAAACAAAGUGGCUUUUGGUUCUCAA